GCGAUACGUGGCAUGAGGUAGAGCAGAGGAAUGGGGCGACGAGAAAUGAGAUAGAAAGGGGAAGUGGCACUGGCGAAUGAGAAUGAGUGUAGAAAAGAAAGUCCAUGGCCAUGAGUGUGGGCGUGGCAUUGCCAUCCACCACCACCAGUCUCAGUUUCCUUCGCUACCGCUCUCGCUCUCCAAUUCAAAAUAAAAUCCGUUUUCCCCGUCAAAUUGUUUCUAAAUUAAACAGUGCAGAGGUCCAGGUUCAAACCUGCGUGUGGGAUUGGAGGGGUUACUCUAUUCGCUAUCAACAUUCUGGAAAUAUUGGCCCUGCACUAGUUUUAGUCCACGGUUUUGGAGCUAACAGUGACCACUGGAGGAAUAAUAUUUCAGUUCUUGCACAAUCCCACCGGGUGUACUCCAUCGAUCUUAUUGGAUAUGGAUAUUCAGAUAAACCAAAUCCUCGUCAAAUCGGAGACCAUUCCUUUUACACUUUUGAGACCUGGGCCACUCAACUAAAUGAGUUUUGUCUUGAUGUCAUCAAGGACGAAGCAUUCUUUAUAUGCAAUUCUAUUGGAGGAGUUGUUGGUCUUCAAGCGGCUGUGUUAGCACCACACAUUUGCCAGGGUAUUAUCCUUCUCAAUAUAUCUCUGCGUAUGCUUCAUAUAAAGAAGCAGCCUUGGUAUGGAAAACCUUUCAUCAGAUCGCUCCAGAGAUUGCUUAGGGAUACUGAUGUUGGCAAAUUCUUCUUUAAAACUAUAGCCACAAAAGAAUCUGUGAGGAACAUUCUUUGCCAGUGCUAUCAUGACACCUCCAAGGUUACAGAUGAGCUAGUGCAGAUCAUCCUUGGUCCAGGUCUGGAACCUGGAGCAGCAGAGGUCUUUCUCGAGUUUAUUUGUUACUCUGGUGGCCCUCUUCCUGAGGAACUACUACCUCAAGUAAAGUGCCCGAUUUUGAUAGCAUGGGGUGACAAGGAUCCUUGGGAACCAAUUGAUAUUGGAAGAAAUUAUGAAAAUUUCGAUUCUGUUGAAGACUUCAUUGUCCUUCCCAAUGUUGGACAUUGCCCCCAGGAUGAAGCACCUCAUCUCGUGAACCCACUUGUUGAGUCAUUUGUGGCACGCCAUGCUAAAUCCUCAACUAGUACAUCGCAUUGUUAAUUGAUUCGCCAACAGUUUUUUGAUGCUGCUCAACUCAUUGAAAUUGUGUACAUUUCUCCAUUUGCUUCCAUUAAGACCGAGUUUCAUUUUCUGUUCAGUAUAAGCAUUAUGUCCUUGUAUGGUUACAAAUUAUGAGCGGUUGAUACAAGACCCUGUUUCCAACAUGAAUGCCAGCCUUAGAACCCUACAUAGUUUUGUAAUUGUCUCCUGUUUCAAUGGAAUCGUAUUUCUCAAUCAAGAAAAUUUUGCCACUUUGUUUUCUUUUAUUUAUUUAUCUUUGGAUCAUGAUCAUUUGGAUAGAAAGCAAUAGUGUGAUAGUACGACCUGGGCUAUGGGCUUGCUUCAAGUUGUCUCCACUUCUAGUGGACGCAUCCGGUGCAAGGAACUUUUCUUUCAAAAAGAAAUUCACACAUUCCACUUUUAUGUUAUAGACUUAUGGUAUAUCAUAUUCAUAUGCCAAGGGAGGGCUUCACUAUGUAUUGGAGACAUUGUUAGAGAUAAUUAGAAUUUAGUUGGUUUGUAGAAUUAAUUAGUAUUCUUGUAUUUGUAUAUAAAGCAUAUUCUAACUUACUGUAUAUUCACUCAUUAUUCAAUUUA